UCAGUUUCACUUAUGCCGGAAAUUAUGCAGAGCUACAUAGAUGAGACCAAGAGUCUGCACCACCACAGCUCUCCACAAUCACAUGCUCAAAUUCCUCUCCGCCCUCCACUCUCAGAGACCCCACGUCAAACAGGUUCCUUCUUUCUUCUCCCACCUCUCACUCUUCUCCUCCGCCGCCACCACCACCACCACCACUUCUCUCACUGACCCACCAUCGCCAUCAUCUUCAAUACCCAAAAAUGACACUACCCACUUGGAUUUAUGUUCUAUAAACUUCACUGGCCUUGCACAAUCUGUCAUAUUGAGAUGUUCCCAUUUUUUGGAUAAGAAGAAAGGCAAGGACUCUGCUAAUGCCUCUAUCAAGGACCUCCUUUUAGAAAUAUCCAAUAUAGUGCCUGAUGCUGCGCGUAAGUUUUUGAGGGUUUCGGUGCUGAAACCCGAAGAUGUGCUUGAAAUAUUACUAGGUUUCCAAUUUGAGAGUGGGAAAAUUGGGAUUGGAGCUAGGAAGGUUGAGUCUUUGUGGGAGAUUUUCAAGUGGGCUAAUGAACAGGAUAAGGGUUUUAAGCAUCUCCCUCUGUCGUGCGAGGUCAUGGCCUCGUUGCUCGUCCGGGUGGGAAUGCUUAAAGAAGCUGAAUUCUUGCUCUCUACAAUUGAGAUUCAAGGAAUUUCAUUGGAUGGUCAUGAAAUUUUCGGUGAUUUGAUUGAAGGGUAUGUUGGUGAUGGUCAAUUAGAAAGAGCCAUUUCGCUGUAUGAUCGAAUGAAGAAGCGAGGUGCAGUGCCAUCGAUGAGAUGCUGUCGUGUUCUUCUUGAUCUCUUGGUUCAAAAGAAGAAAAUUCUAUUGGCGUUUCGAGUUUGUUGGGAUAUGGUUGAGAUGAAUAUUAAUUUUAGUAAUGUCGAGAAGUCUAGUUUUGAGAAUGUCAUUAGACUGCUUUGUAGAGAUGGAAAGAUUCAGGAAGGAAGAAAUCUUGUCAAGAAGGCUCUGGUUUCUGGUUUGAAGCCUAGCAGCUUAGUUAUUAAUGAAAUUGCUCGUGGGUACUGUGAGAAGAAUGACUUUGAGGAUCUGCUGAGUUUCUUUGCUGACACAAAGUGUACCCCAACUGUUAUUGCUGGUAAUAAGAUUAUACAUUGUGUAUGUUGCUAUUUUGGCACCAAAAGGGCAGUCUCAUUUUUGCGAGAAUUGAAAUAUUUGGGUUUCAAUCCUGAUGAAAUAACCUUUGGGAUUUUAAUUGGUUGGAGUUGUCAUGAAGGGAAACUGAAAAAUGCCUUCAUUUAUUUGUCAGAAAUGUUGUCUAAAUGCCUGAAACCCCGUAUGUUUUCCUAUAAUGCUCUUAUCAGUGGGGUGUUUAUGGAAGGUCUGUGGAAGCACGCCCAGGACAUUCUUGAUGAAAUGGUGGAUCAGGGGAUGCCACCUGAUACAUCAACUUUUAAAGUACUAUUAGCAGGAUUUUGUAAAGCUAGACAAUUUCAGGAAGUGAAAAGGAUAGUUUGCGAGAUGGCCAGCCAAGGAUUUAUUCAGCUCUCUUCAUCGGAGGAUCCAUUUUCCAAAACAUUUAUGGUCUUGGGGCUCAAUCCGUUAGCUGUGAGGUUGAAAAGGGACAACGAUGUGGGAUAUUCUAAGACGGAGUUUUUUGAUAAUCUUGGGAAUGGUCUUUAUUUAGAUACGGACCUGGAUGAGUAUGAGAAGACGGUCACCAGAGUUCUUGAAGAUUCCAUGAUACCUGAUUUUAACUCACUUGUAAUGGAGCAAUGUGGCAAUGGAAAUUUUAGAAUGGCAUUGGUACUGGUAAAUGAAGUGGAUCAGUGGGGACAAAAACUGUCUUUGUCUGUCGUCUCAAUAUUAGUGGAAAGGCUUUGUUCAUCCCAUUCCCAUAUCAAGGCAGUCACUAAGCUUUUGGAGAAAAUGCCUGAGUUGGCUAAUCAGCUAGACCCAGAAACUCUCAAUUUGCUUGUCCAAGCAUACAGCAAGAAAGGACUGACAUACAGCGGGAAAAUAAUAUUGGAUGGGAUGCUUCAACAGCAUUUAGUUGUCAAGAAUGAGACCUACACCACUCUAAUAAUGUGUUUAUGUAAGAAAGGGAAAUUGAAGGACCUUCAUGGUUGCUGGGAAAUUGCUCAAAGAAACAAAUGGUUACCAGAGUUGGAGGAUUUUAAAGCUCUUGUAGAAUGUCUUUGCCAGCAAGAAAUGCUCGAGGAAGCAUUACAGCUUCUUGAAUGUAUGUUGGUUUAUAACUCUAAUUUAGGGUUAGAUACUUUCUCUGUUUUCCUUGAAAAGCUUUGUGUUACCGGUUUUGCAAGAGUGGCACAUGUAUUGUUGGAUGAACUUCUAAGUCGUGGUUGCAUCUUGGAUCGCAUAGCGUAUAGCCAUGUAGUAAGAGGGUUAUGUAAGGAGAAAAAGUUCUCAGCAGUCUUUACAAUAUUGGACAAUAUGCUGGCCGAAAAUGUGGCCCCAUGCUUGGAUGUUUCUGUCUUACUAAUUCCUCAGCUGUGUAAGGCUGGCAGAUAUGAGGAAGCUGUUGCCUUAAAAGAGAUUGGUUUAAGAGAGCAGUCUUCAGAUUCAUUUUCCUUACAUAGUGCGGUAGUAAAAGGGUUUUGUAUGACUGGAAACAUUCAAGAAGCAGCCACUUUAUUCCAGGAUAUGUUGUUGAAGGGGCUAGUUGUAGAUGCAGAAAUUUGUAACAUGCUGGUCCAAGGGCAUUGUCAAGUGAAAAACUUGCGGAGAGUUGGGGAGCUACUUGGAGUUUUUAUCAAGAAAGGUUUAAGCCUCUCAAUCUCAAGUUACCGGAAUUUGGUGUGCUUGAUGUUUUCAGAGGGUAGAGUCCUUUAUGCUUUGAAUUUGAAGGAGCUAAUGCUUGGACAAAGCAAGUCUCAUGACCUCAUCAUCUACAACAUUCUGAUAUUCUCUCUUUUCAAAACAAGAAACAGUUCACUUGUCAAGAAAAUAUUAGCUGAAUUGCAAGAGAAGGAACUGCUACCUAAUGAAGUCACUUAUAAUUUUCUUGUGUACGGGUUUUUUCAGUGUAAAGAUGUAUCAAGUACUGCGCAAUAUCUGUCUAGUAUGAUUUCUAAUGAACUUAGGCCAAGUAAUCGGUGCUUGAGAACAGUAAUAUCCAGCCUGUGUAAUGUUGGGGAGCUUGGAAAAGCCUUAGAGUUGAGUCAAGAAAUGGAAUUAAGAGGCUGGGUUCAUGGUUCAAUCGUUCAAAACGCAAUUGUUGAGGGCCUUCUUUCUCAUGGUAAGCUUCAAGAAGCAGAAGAUCUGUUGGACAGGAUGGUAGAGAAAUGUCUAAUUCCUGACAAUAUUAAUUACGAUAAUCUAAUUAAGUGCUUUUGUUCUUACGGGAAACUGAACAAGGCAGUUAGUCUUCUGAACAUAAUGUUGAAGAAAGGAAAUGUUCCAAAUUCUACUAGUUAUGAUUCAGUAAUUCAAGGUUUCUGUACCUGGAAUAGAUUGGAUGAAGCUAUGAUUUUUUAUACGGAGAUGCCGUAUAGGGGCCUUAAACCGACCAUUAACACUUCGGGCAUGCUCGUCCAUGCCUUCUGCCAAAACGGGCGAACUGCAGAAGCUGAAAAUUUUUUAAUUUCUAUGCUUCAGGUUGGUGAAAAUCCAACAAGGGAGAUGCACUGCACUGUAGUUAAUAGGUAUCGCUUGGAAAACAAUCUCAAGAAGGCAUCGGAGCUCCUGCAAGUGAUGCAACAAAGGGGUUAUGAGCCAGACUUUGAGACACACUGGUCUCUCAUAAGCAAUUUAAGAAAUUCCAAUGACAAGGAUGAUCACGACAGCAACCAGGGCUUUCUGUCAAGGCUACUUUCUGCAAGUGGAUUUGCUGGGAAAAGGGGUUCCAAAGCCAAACUGGGGUAAUUCAGCAACAUCAAACUUGGCUUUUGAGUUUUGUUCAUUUAUUUCUUAUGCUGUGAGUUGGUUCUCCUUACAGACCUCAUACAUUGACUUCUGUCUGUACUGCAGUCAGUACUAUCUUUUUCUGAGGCCGUUUGAGUCUUAUUGAAAGCCUACACUUUUUUGAGAAAUGUUAAACAUCAAUGUCCGCUUCCCGUUCCAUGUAUGGCCAAAAUGGUAGUUAUCAGGUCAUAGAAUGAGUUUGUUCUUAGGUGUUCAGCUUUGAUGUGACCCCAAAAUCUGAACUCAUAUAAUGCAGUAUAGUUUUCAAACCUUGUACAGUCAGUUGGCAUGGAACAGUUUUAUUGUAAUAAUUUCUCUUUCAUUUAAUCAAUGAAGAAAUUCUUUUAGUAUUCA